UAAUAUGGAUGGAACCUGCACAAUAUGUGGAGAUAAAGCGCAAGAAUCGCGUAAAAAAUUUGGACGAAAUUGAAAACACAUAUAAAAAGCGAUUAGAAAUGAGAGGCCAAUGUAUUGAGAAUAAUGUCUCACAUAAUGUUAAUACGAUAGACUCGACCACAACAUUGAGUGACAAUAAUUUAGAUCAAAACAAUGAGAUUAAUUUACAACUAAAUCAUGUCUCAUGUGAAGACCAUAUACUACAACCCGUGGAUCAGGAGCUCUCACUCAUACCAACCCUCCCAAACUACACGUCCUUUACCCAAGAAUACUGGAUAUCAUAUAAUAAGUUAUUACCACAAAUCACGGACCUGGAUAUGUUGGUAGUCAUACCAAAGGAUGAAUACUUGUCAGUCGACCGUCCCCUCCAAGACUACAGAAACCAAUUCAAUGAAUUAGAGGGCAAUAAGUUAUGUGAACUAUACUCAGCCCUUUCCAUAUUCAACGAGGCUAUCAUACCGGCCACACCACAAAUCCUCACACAAUAUGACCACACAUUUGAUGUGGUAUUAAGUAAAUUGGAGAAACAAUUGACAGCAUUGACACAAAUAGGACAGCAUUUGCAAGGGUUUGCCGGGUUGUGUCAAAAUGAUAAGGUCUGCCUCAUUAAGUACGGGUGCCUUGAUAUGAGUUACUUGGGAUCCAUUCCCUACUUUGACAGCACCCGCAGUCGAUGGACAUUCCCUACGGACAAAUCAAACACUUUUAUAAUGAGUUUAAAUGCGAGGCAUGGGAUGGCUAAUGAAAACCUACUGAAAUGGGUUUUUGAUAGCAUUUCCGUUGAAUGGGAUUCCGAUCCACAAAUACUUAGACUGUUGACAGCAAUUAUGCUUUUCAAUGCGGAUCGUCCUAUGCUUGCGCACAGGGAUGCUGUUCAUUAUCAACAACACGUAUACAUGUAUUUACUGAAACGCUAUUUACUAUUGAAAUAUCGCACGGAAUAUGAAUCGGAAGUAAAAUAUAAGAAACUUUUGAAACUAUUAACUGAUUUACAAAAGUUGGGACAAAUGCAACGCCAGUCAACCUUUAGCCUGGGUCACCUAUUUAUUGCCAUG